AUGUCAUCGAGUCUGCCCAUAACAUGGACCUAUGGUGCACCCAAUGGAGCAUUUGGCCACUACAGGUGCUACCAUUGCAACUAUAGAGGGAUUGCACCCUCUAACCUAUCAGAGAUCCAGUGCCCACGGUGCUUGACGCAGUUUGUCGUCGAGAUUGAGACGAGACAGCCUCAGAUUGCUUUCUAUCAUGACGCUCCACCUUUUGAUGUUUCUCGUCUUCUCGAAGCUCUGUCCCUCAUGUUCCAUCCUCCAAUCAUAGGUGGAUUCGGCGCAGACCCGUUUCUCAGGGAAAGAUCAAGAAACAUGGAGCCAGAGCGAAGAACCCGACCGCACCAUCAUCGACGACGUCACAGCCUUGACAAUGAUGAUAACAAUGGUGGUUUACCUCAACCAAGAAGAACAUAUGUCCGGUCCAUGAUUGAGCCACCAAAUCCAGAACCAAGACCCCGACCUCACCACCUCGAUCAUCCAAUCAUUGGUGGACUCGGUGCAGACCGGUUUCUCGGGGAAAGAACAAGAAACAUGGAACCAGAACCAAGACCCCGACCGCACCACCAUCCACGACGUCACAGCCUCGACAGUGAUAACAAUGGUGCACCGAGAAGAUCAUAUGCAAGACUCCGGCCCAUGAUUGAGCCACCAAAUCCAGCACGACCUCUACCUCAGCGUUCGAACCCACGUGGUUUCUUUACUGGAGCAUCAGGCUUAGACCAGCGUAUUGAACAGCUAACACAAGACGAUAGCCCUGGAUCACCACCACCUGCAUCACAACCCACCAUUGAUGCCCUACCGACCGUGAAGAUUACGCCACAACAUCUAGCCAACGACAUGUCCCAGUGCACGGUGUGCAUGGAGGACUUCAUUGUUGGCCGGAAAGCAACAGAACUACCAUGUAAACACAUUUACCAUAACAACUGUAUAGCCCCAUGGCUCAGGCUUCACAAUUCUUGCCCUAUCUGCCGCCGUGAACUGCCUUCUGUCAACACCGUUACAGAUUCUCGGGGGAGGGGAGAUUCUAUUCUACAAGACAUACUUGAAAGAAGGCGCCUAAGGCGGAUGAAUCAGCUCGGGAACAUUUUGCCUUUUAGGGCAAGGGACCAAAGGGUUAGUCCACGAGACACAGCACACAUGAAUCCUCGGGGUAACAGGAGCCAAAACUGA